UAUGUGUGUGCGGUGUAGGUUGGUAUUAUCCUCCUGGGGCUUGGAUGAAUGCUACGUGUGAAGGUGUUGAUGUUUGAUUUGUGGAUGCAUAGGAUGCAAUAAUUCUACUGCUUCUAAAUGAAUAUAAGUGUCGGGUGUAUAAGGGGCCUUCUACUCCCCUCGCGGUGCUUUCAUCUCUAGAUUAGUACUCACACCUUAUAAAAGAGAAAGAAAAAGAAAAAGAGAGUGAUGAAAGCGGAGAUGAAGGAUGGAGCUCCUCAAGUUGUGAUGAAUCAUAAUGGUAACCACGGCAAAUUCUCACACCUACUUGCUUCCCAAGAUCGUGACUAUCUUCUCUCUCCAACUGGGGCUCAGGUGAAAGUUUCUGAUCUUGAAGGGAAAGUAGUGGGUCUAUUAUUCGCUGCGAAUUGGUACCCACCUUGCCGUGGAUUCACCCAAGUCCUAGCUGGAAUCUACGAGGAGCUAAAAAGCAGAGUCCCUCAAUUUGAGAUUGUGUAUGUGUCCUCAGAUGAGGACUUGAAUGCCUUUAAUAGCUUCUAUGGAAGCAUGCCCUGGAUUGCAAUUCCGUUCUCUGAUUUGGAAACAAAGAAGUCUUUGACCAGAAAGUUUGACGUGGAAGCCGUUCCAUGCUUAAUUUUGUUGCAACCUGACGAUCGUAAAGAGCACGCAACAGUUCGUGAUGGGGUUGAACUUAUUUACCGCUAUGGAAUCCAAGCUUAUCCAUUCAGUAAGGACAGGUUGGAGCAGCUGCAAAAGGAAGACAAAGUGAAGCGUGAUAACCAGACUCUCACUAAUUUACUAGCAAACCACCAUAGAGACUACGUUUUGAGUCACACUCACACGGGACUCAAAAAGUUUUAUUUGAACUGCAUGCAGAGAAUCAUGGAUCCUGUUCCGCGUGACGGGUGUUGCUCAUGUACACAGGUACCUGUAGCUUCCCUAGUGGGUAAAACAAUUGGACUCUACUUCUCAGCGGAAUGGUGCGUCCCAUGCGCCAAGUUCACUCCCAAGCUGAUUUCCGUUUACGAGAAGAUAAAGCACGAGCUAGCCGAAAAGGGAGAGGAGGACUUCGAAGUUGUGCUAAUAUCCAGCGACCGCGACCAAGCAUCCUUUGACUCCUACUACAGCACCAUGCCUUGGUUGGCCUUGCCUUUCGGUGACCCAGAGAUCAAGAACCUCGUUAGACACUACAACGUGCAAGGAAUUCCUUGGUUGGUGAUUAUAGGUCCUGAUGGUAAAACAAUAACCGUACACGGGAGGAGUUUGAUAAACUUGUACCAAGAGAAUGCGUACCCUUUCACCAAGGCCAAAGUGGAGGAGCUGGAGAAACAGCUGGAGGAAGAGGCCAAGGGUCUUCCAGCAUUGGUGUAUCACCAAGGGCAUCGACAUGAUCUGAAUUUGGUGUCUGAUGGAAAUGGUGGAGGGCCCUUUAUCUGCUGCGUGUGUGAUGAACAAGGGUCUAGCUGGGCCUACCAGUGUCUCCAAUGUGGCUAUGAAGUGCACCCAAAGUGCGUCAGAACUGUGGAACGCGAUGACAAUGUCUUGGUGGACACCACUGGUUGCUUCUAGGAUUUAAUUAACUAAUUCAAUUCCUUUGGCAAUUAAUUCUAUGUCGUCCUAGAGGGCGAUGACUUGAGUGCACAAGGGAAGGGACUGGAAUGCCCUUAAAUUAGUUAGAUCACGUGUCUUUAUGGGUGCUUUUCUACUUGUUCAGAAUAUGUGACUGACGGUGAUAAAAAGAAAAGGAGAUACUUGGGGAAUCAACUAUUUGAUUCUCCAUAGCUUUUUUUUUAUAAAAAAUAGUGCUGUUACUUGUUCGUUA